UUCCAGUUUAACUGCAAUCAACCAAACGUGUUUUAAUCGCAAUCACACACCCCUCAAACCCCACUCAACAUGUACUCCAAAGUUGUGAUCUGCCUGGCCAUCUGCGCCCUGAGCUCGGUUUCGGCCGGAGUUAUCCCAGUCGCUGCCCCGUUGGCCGCCGCCGGAGUCGUUGCCCCGUACGCCACCUCGUACAAUGCGCACACCGUGAACCACAACAUUGCCGCUCCGUACGUGUCUGCCGCCCCAGUCGUUGCCAAGUACGUCGCCGCCCCGGCUGCUUACGCCGCUGCCCCAGCGGCCUACACCGCUUACGCCGCUGCCCCGGCUGCCUACGCCGCUUAUGCCGCUGCCCCAGCUGCCUACGCCGCUAAGUACGUUGCCGCCCCAGCUGCCUACUCCGCUGCCUACUCUGCCGCCCCAGCAAUCGCCGCUUACAGCGCCCCCUACAACUACCCAUAUCUACAAUUGCAUUCAUCUCGCCACAACAACAACAACAGUCGCAAUCCGUCUAAUACACAUCCUAACCAAACAUCUCCAGCGUACGUUCCACCGUCGUCCUCAAGCACAGUUUGUCACCUGCAAUCAAAGCAAAAACCCCCUCAAACAAUUAACAUGUUCGCCAAAGUGAUCUUCUUCGCCGUCCUGGCCAUCGCUUGCGUUGCCGCCAAGCCUCUGUUCCCGGUAGCUGCCUACAGCCCCUACAGUGCUCCAUUCGUGGCUGCCUCGCCAGCUCUGGCCGCUUACUCUGCUCCGGUAGCAGCUGCCUACACCGCUGCCGCCUACACCGCCGCAUCGCCCUUCGCCGCUGCCUACUCUGCCUAUCCGUAUGCCGCUGGCUACCCAUAUGCUGCUGCCGCUGCCCUCCCCUACACCUCUCUGGUCCUGUAGAUUUCGGAACUCUGGAAACGCCC